AACAUUAUUAACCAUCAUAGGGUUCAUUGCUUCAUUCCGCAUUCCGCAUUCGUCAUUAAGAUAUUAGUUAGACCGGUACGGUACCAUAGUGCGAACUUUGUUUUUGUUGUACGUAAAGUUACGUUAAAGUUUUAUUUAGCAAGUAUUCUUUAAUAAAUAAGUUGGUAUAGUUAUCGAUGUGUGAAAGAUUGUGACUUUUUUGGGAUUUGGCUAAACUCUAAAUAGUGUAAAUUUUGAACUGUGGUUACGCUUACGCUAGUAUUAUUUCUUGUGGAUAAUAGAUUUGUGACAAAGAUGGAUAUUAGAAAAUUUUUAAUAUCUGAACAAAAUUCAAAUAAUGUUAAGGAUGAUGGUAUAGCAAUAGCUAGUAGCAGUGGUAUUGGUUCUGAGUUACCUACUGAGGUUUCCAAGAAAAGCAAUAAUUCCAGUAAAUCAGGAUUAGAAAUGGUGUCGCCUCAGGAUGUUUCGAAUAUUGAGGUUGAUAUUUUUCAUCAUAAAUUCGACUUGGGCAAUUUUGUAAACCCACAAAAGCCGAUAUCAGAUAGUAUAAAAUUUGAUCUGAUAAAAAGUCCGUUUAAACCCAGCAUUAAUUAUAAUUUUAAAGGCGACUCAAGGGAGGGAAAAAGUAAAAGAGCAUUUCGAUACGAAUGGUUUCAACAAUUUGAGUGGUUGGCGUAUUCCUCCAAGUUAAAAGGGGCUUUAUGUAAAAACUGCGUUAUUUUUCGACCUGCAGUAAAUAGAGGCGUACAAGGAGCAUUUAUAGUGAGGCCUUUUAUAAAAUAUAAUGAUUUUAUUGCAUCUGCAAAAGCUCAUAGUACUUCUGAUUGGCACAAGCAAUCAACAGUUAGAGCUGAAAACUUCAUUAAAUCUAUUGAAGGUAAAACUCUACCUGUAAUUGACCAAAUUAGUAAUGCAGAACGGGAGUUAACAGAGUUAAAUAGGAAAAAGCUGUACCCAAUUAUUUCGACGAUAAUUUUUUGUGGCACACAUGACUUACCUUUACGUGGUACCACAAAAGGUAACUUUGAAGACCUUCUGGAUUUUAGAGUGGAAAGUGGGGACCAAUUAUUGAAUGAGCAUUUAACUAGUUGCAAUAAAAAUGCAAAAUAUACUUCACAUCAAACCCAAAAUGAAUUGAUUUCAAUCUGUGGAUCAAUAAUUAGAAAAGAAAUCGUAGAAGAGGUUAAUGCAAGUGAUGGAUUUUCCAUUAUUGCUGAUGAAAGUGCAGAUAUAGCCGGUAAAGAACAACUUUCGCUUGGUGUUAGAUUUGUAGACAAAGCAAACAAUAUAAGAGAAGAAUUUUUAGGAUUUUCUGAGCUAACCACUUUAAAUGCUAAUGGGAUUUCUAAUACAAUCUUAAACUUUUGCUUAGAACAUAAUCUGAAUAUGGACAAGCUGGUUGGUUUGGGAUUCGAUGGUUGUUCAACAAUGGCAGGACAUGAAAACGGCGUCCAAAAAAGAAUUAGGGACAAAUAUCCAAAAGCUACCUUUUUCCAUUGCGCUUCUCACAAGCUAAAUUUAGUAAUUAAUGACCUAAAUAGGAUACAGGAUAUCCAAAACACCGCUGCGACCAUCAAAGAAAUAAUAAAUUUCUUUCGAGAUAGUCCAUUACGAAGAAAAUACAUUCCUAAUUUACCAUUAUUUUCGGAAACGCGUUGGUCGGCAAAAUAUAAAUCUAUUAGAGUGUUUGCUGCAAAUUUUGUAGAAAUCACAAACGCCCUUGACACAUUAGCGUUUAGUUCAGAUGUUAAUAUACAAACAAGAACAAAAGCUAAUCAGCUUUUGACUAGCGUAUCUUCGUGGUCGUCCCGUACUCUUGCCUUUACAAAGGCAGCCAGUGUCUUGAAACUGAUGAUACCAUCUGCGAAUGUUGUUAUCACCUGGAGGAGCACAACCGAACUUAAUCCGGAACGCACGUUGCACAGUAACAACAGAUUCCGUCUUUGCAAACUGUAA